UCCGGUUGCUAGUUUAGCUUAGACGUGCUAGCUAUGGACGAAAAACUAAACUAUUGAGUACUUUUACAUAUUACAUAAUUAUAUAUAUCACGGUUAGAAUCGACGCAUGUUUGUUUAUUUUUAAGUCUUUUUAAAUGAGAUUUCUGACUUUAGCCAUAAGUGUUGAAUACACGCUAGCAAAAGUGACCGACCUGCCGACUCAUUAAGACACAGCGCUGUUUUCUAAAACACUUUGGGACUUCUGCUGCUAUGUAGAACUGCACAAAGACUGUCUCGUCUUCGGUGUUUACAUCCCUGUCUUGGUUUCAAUGGGGAAAAGGAAAGACAUGAUUCACCCCAGGUUUCUCGGCGAAGGCAGCUCUAGCUUGCACAGCGUCCACAAGCGGAAACACAAAAAACACAAGAAGCACAAGAGGAAGCACCACAACUUUGCUGAGGCCCCGGAGCCCGAGCCUGUUGUUGUGCCUCGGCCUCCUCCGCAGCUCCGACUCAAGAUCAAACUGGGAGGACAGACACUGGGCACCAAGAGUGUGCCCACCUUCACCGUGCAUCCCGGAGUGGCUUGUCCACCUUCUCCCUUGAUGAUUAUUCAUAAUGAUGUUGAUGACGACGAUGACGAUGAGGAUGAUGAUGAGGACGACGAUGAGCCCUCUGUGCCUCUGGAGCAAUAUCGGGCCUGGCUUGAUGAAGACAGCAACCUGGCCACGUCCCCUCUGCCAGACAUGGACUCGGACUCCAUGCUGGGUGGCCCAGUAGACGAGGAGGAGAGGUGGCUGGACGCUCUGGAGAAGGGAGAGCUUGACGACAAUGGGGAGCUGAAGAAGGAGGUUGACGAGUCUCUGCUCACUGCCAGACAGAGAGCCCUGCUACACAAGCAGCAGACUCAGCCUCUCCUGGAGCUCCCCAUGGGCUGCAAGGAGAAAGAGAUGACUGCAGAGAUGAUGCAGAAGCGGGAGGAGCGAGCCCGAAAGAGACGCCUGCAGGCUGCCAAGAAAGCAGAAGAGAACAAGAACCAGACGAUAGAAAGACUGACAAAAACCAGCAAGGCCAAGAUCAAAAGCAUGAAAGAGAGGAAGUCCAAGCAGAGUCAGUGUCCCAUGAUCCGGUACAGCGACUCCGCCCAGGGCAUGGCCAUCUCCUUCCCCACAGGGGUCCCGGCUCCUGCACCGGCACCUCCCCCGCCUCCACCAGCACCCGCGGUGAACUGCGGGGUCAGCGGCUGCACCAACCUCAAGAAGUACUCCUGCUCAAAGACUGGGGUCCCACUCUGCAGUCUGGACUGUUACAAGAGGAACCUGCUGCUUGUUCAGAGCACAGCUUGAACUUUGAAGGGCUGCUGUUUACGUUCCCAGUGGACACAGUUGUAGUUCUGUUUAAACUACAUCAGGAUGUGAUGACGGAGCAUACACUCCGCAGGGUCACAAAAAUGGAACUUUACACAAAAAUCUUUUUCAGGACUCAGAUUCCAGGCACAGUGUUGAUUUACUUUUUAUCCCCCUUUUCACUGGCUGUGUCAUAUGAGUAAUAAUGUGUUACCCUGCAGUGAUGCUGGUUACACAGUUUGAUCAUGUACAUUAUAAAAUGUCGAAACAUAAAAAUCCUUGCACUAGUGAAUUGAACAUCGAAUAUUUAUGAUUUCUGUUUGUGGAAUUGAAAUAUUCAAAACUGUAUAUUUUUGUGCACGUUUGGAGACAAAUGAAAACUAUUUCCCACAGGUUGAACAUUAUUUUUUCAUUUGUGUCAAUAAUGUAAAAAUGAUAAUUCGAGAGUGACAAAGGUCAUCAACAACAAGCAGAUUUGUUGUGAGAGAAUAAAAGUUUUGCAUCUUUAA